AUGUCGUCCGAGGAAUUUGAGAAGCUGCACGAAAUCUACAGGUCCUUGUACGAGGAGCUAAAGCUAAUGCCGGAGAGGCUACUGAGGAGCCAUGGAGAGGAGAAAAAGAGCUUGCUGAGAGCCUUCGACGUGAGGAAAGGGGAGGCAGAGGAAGUUCUGCAGGGGAUGGAGGAGGAACUGCGCGACGCACCGGCAUCCUACCGGAAUCCUAUGAGGACCAAGCUGCGUCUGUACCACCGCGACCUCGCCAAGUUGCAGCGAGAUGCCAAGAACUCUGCCCCAUCGCCAUUGGACAGUAGUGGAAGAGGCAUCUAUUCAUCAGAAAACCAACAAAGCACCCGCGAGCAGUCGCAGCGGGCCUUGCUUCUUCAGGGUACAGAGUCGCUGAACAACGCCACCCAGAGCAUCCAGCGCAGUCAACGCAUUGCCGCCGAGACGGAGCAUAUCGGCACAGACAUCAUCCAAGAGCUCGGCGAGCAGCGAGAGCAGCUGGAUCGGACCAGAGAUAGACUGGUGAAUACAGGAGAAAACCUCAGUCGCACACGGAAAAUUCUCCGUUCUAUGUCUCGACGGCUCGUGACAAACAAGCUGCUGCUCGCUGUCAUCAUUCUCAUGGAACUGGCCAUUUUGGGCGGUGUCGUUUACCUCAAGUUUUUUCGGCGAUGA